CUGCUGUCUUUUGUUUUUAGUCUUAAACCUCUGGACAUCGAGUUCAUGAAAAGACUCCAUGACAAAGUCAACGUCAUCCCUCUCAUUGCGAAAGCAGAUACUCUGACUCCUGAGGAGUGCCAGCUGUUUAAAAAACAGAUUAUGAAAGAAAUCCAGGAACACAAAAUCAAAAUCUAUGAGUUCCCAGACACAGAGGACGACGAGGACAACAAGCUCAUCCGAAAGAUAAAGGAGAAAAUGCCCCUGGCAGUUGUCGGAAGCAACGUGGUGAUCGAGGUGAAUGGGAAGAAGGUCAGAGGUCGCCAGUAUCCGUGGGGCGUGGCAGAAGGUUGGUUCUCUGUGGUUCACUUGUAGAAACGAGAGAAGGAAAACUCCUGGUUUGUGUCCGAGCUGUUGAAACAUGUUU